AUGGAUGCAGCGACUGCACAAAGGAACUGGGAGCUGGAAAAUAAUGUAGCUCUUGUUGAUCCUGCUCAAGAUCAAAUCUAUUACUACGAUGCGCCACAAGACAAGGAAAACGUAGCUCAAAAGCCUUGGAAGAGCGAUCCUAAUUAUUUCAAACAUGUUAAGAUAUCAGCUAUCGCUCUUAUCAAAAUGGUCAUGCAUGCUCGCUCUGGCGGAAAUAUCGAAAUAAUGGGAUUGAUGCAAGGUAAAAUACAAGGGGAUACAAUGUAUGUUAUGGAUAGUUUUGCUCUUCCUGUGGAAGGGACAGAAACAAGAGUCAAUGCUCAAAAUGAGGCUUAUGAAUACAUGGUGUCUUACAUUGAAAAAUCAAAAGAGGUUGGGAGAUUAGAGAAUGUGCUUGGUUGGUAUCAUUCACAUCCUGGUUACGGCUGUUGGUUGUCUGGUAUUGAUGUUAGUACACAAAUGUUGAAUCAACAAUAUCAAGAACCAUUUGUAGCUGUUGUGAUUGAUCCCAAUCGUACAAUGUCAGCAGGCAAAGUUGAGAUUGGUGCUUUCAGAACAUAUCCAGCUGGAUACAAAGCUCCUGAUGAAGGACCUUCUGAAUACCAGACUAUACCCCUCAACAAAAUUGAAGAUUUCGGUGUUCAUGCAAAAUCCUAUUACUCUCUUGAAGUGUCUCAUUUCAAAUCAACAUUAGAUACACAGCUGCUUGAGGUCUUAUGGAAUAAGUAUUGGGUUAACACGUUAUCGCAAUCACCACUUUUAACUAAUCGGGAUUAUGCAACAAGACAAAUGACUGAUCUUGCUCAGAAGUUGAACAAGACAAAUGAGAGUAUGGUGGGACGUAUGGGAGGAUACUAUGGCGAUCGAAAGAAAAACGAUGAAAGCCAGCUUAGUAAAGUAACAAAAGAUAGCUCCAAAAUCACUGUAGAGGCAAUUCAUGGAUUGUUAUCUCAAGUACUUAAAGAUCAGGUGUUCAACAAAUCUCGAGAUGAAAGAAAUGUUUUAGAGUAA